AUGUUUGCCAGAAGAGUCGCACAAAAAGCUCCAGGCAUGGCCCAUGUCAUUGCCAAGAGAUCCAAGGUCACUUUGCCAGACUUGGACUGGGACUUUGGCGCGUUGGAACCGCACAUCUCCGCGCAGAUCAACGAGUUGCACUACUCCAAGCAUCACCAGACGUACGUGAACGGCUUCAACGCCGCGUCAGAGCAGUUUGGCGAUCUGCAGUGCAAGUUGACCGGGGAUCCCCAGCAGGACACGGCUGUGGUCAAACAGCUGGUUGCUCUGCAACAGAACAUCAAGUUCCACGGGGGUGGAUUCACCAACCACUGUUUGUUCUGGAAGAACUUGGCUCCUUCGUCGCAGGGCGGUGGGGAGGCCCCAACGGGAGCCCUGGCCAAGCAGAUAGAGACGCAGUUCGGAUCCCUGGACAACCUCAUUGGGCAGACCAACACCAAACUGGCCGGAAUCCAGGGCUCGGGAUGGGUUUUCCUCGUCAAGAACGCCGAAAACGGCGGCCAACUGCAGCUCGUCCAGACUUAUAACCAAGACACCGUCACCGGGCCAUUGAAGCCAAUUGUGGCCAUCGACGCUUGGGAACACGCCUACUACCUACAAUACCAAAACCGCAAGGCCGAAUACUUCAAGGCCAUUUGGAAUGUUAUCAACUGGAAGGAGGCUGCUAAGAGAUUCGAGGCCUAA